AUGGCUUCAUUUGCAAAAGAAAAGAACUUGACGACACCCAGAAAAUGUAAUAUAUGUCAAAAGGGUGCGGCGAUCUCGCUAUGUUCGGGCUGUGAACAAAUGUUCUGUCGAAAAGACUUCAAUGAACAUCGACAACAACUCUCAACACAACUCGACAUCAUCAUUCGAGAGCACGACUUUGUCAAACAAAGCGUCGACCAGACAUGUGAGGUCACCACUUCGAAGGUGUUCGAUGAGAUUGAGAAGUGGGAGAUGGAGUGGAUGAACAAGCUGAAGAUGGCUGCUGAUCGUGCACGACAAGAAGUGAGAAACAUUGUCGCUGAGUCGAAGAAGCAGUUGAAACGAAUCACAGAUGAGAUUCGACCGAGAAUGGCCGAUGAGGACUAUGUGGAGUACGAUCUCGAUCGAUGGAUGAAUGAAAUAAAGCAGGUGAAUGCAGAUAUGCAGGCUAUGUCAUCGAUGAUCGUGAUCGAAAGUGGUCAUGAGUGUGAGUGGAAGAGAAUGAUCAAAGUGAGAAAGCUGGAGCCCCAGAGUCAUGUGUACAAAUCACAAAAGAGAAGUGAAAAGAGGAUAAAUGAAGUUAAACAACUCGACCUCAACAAACUCAAAGUCAGACCACAGAGACGGAUCAAAGUGGAUGGGGAUUAUUGGGCGAUUGCAGCGUCUGAGAGGGACUUGCUCUACUGUGAUAAAGACACACUGUGUUUGACUGAUCGCACUGGUCACAAGACAAACGCACUUCAAUGGGGUGAGGACUGUGUCUCUGAUAUAUGUUGGUCAUCGUUUCUCGACAGAUUUCUGAUACUGACUUCUACAACUCUUCAUUCAUUGAAUGUCCAAAGAAGUGAAGUGACACAAAUCAAACAAGUGUCAGACAAGAAGAAAGCAGACUUUUUGAGGUGUACGUGUGCAAAUCAAACAUUGUUGGUGAGUACUAGUGAGAACGGAUCAGUUGUUGAAGAGUGGGAUAUGAGUGGAGAAUGGAGAAUGAUGAGGCGAUGGCAGCCACCUGUGUCCUGUCAACAGAAUGAGUGGAUUAUGAGUAUUCUAUUAUCAUGUGAUGGCAGUCAUAUAGGAGUAACAGUGUUGGUAGUUGGUCAAUACAAUCAGUUUCAUGUACGAGAUCGAUCAAAGAACAUCCUCAACACCAUCACAUUUCCUUGGUUGGAAUACGGAUAUGUUCUUCUCUCUGUUCCAAAUGGACAAUGGCUGACACAUGAGCCGAAGAAUAAGCAACUUCAAAUCAUUGACAGAGAUGGUAAAUUAGAACAAACUUUCACGUACGAUAAGGGUGUGAACAGAACAACCCUAAUUGGACAAAGAUGUCUUGUUAUUCGAACAGAUGACAAUGAACUGUGUUUUCAUGAUUUAUGA